AUGCAAAUGAGCUUAUCUGCAAGUCAAAAGCAAAUGUCAGCUGGUCAGCAUCCAGAGGUAAAAUGGAAAAGUUUAGAUAAACAUGUAAGUUUAAUUUGAUCGUUUGAAAUAAGUGAACAUCAUUCUUAUGAGACGGUGUUAUUUAGACGUGGAUCAGAAUAAUUGAACAUGCAGAUGCACAAAGUCAGGUCGAAUUGCUGAAAGCAAUAAAAAUUCUGCAGCGAUUUGUCAGCGCUGAAGAGCUCAAAUACCGUCGCCUUUGUUUUAGAAACCACAUAUAUCGGCUAAAGGGCGAAACGUGGAAGGAAGCCUUCGAAAGGUAAGAUAUAUGUAUAAGUCUGUAGAAGAAAUAAUGCGGAUUUUCGCUGCAAAAAUUUUCGACAAUCCCCAUUAUUUUCCCGACAGAACGACAGUAAAAACAUUCGGUUCAAAUUUCAGUCUUGGAAGUAGAGCUCUAGUCUACCCCAAAAUUGCAAAUAGUUGGGAUCUCAAAUCCACGAAGGUUUUGUUUUGUGAUGAUUCAGAUACAGGCCGUUUUGCGUUGGCAGACGAUUGUUCCGCCGUUGUAACGUCAUUCGACCUCGGUGCAAACUACAGGAAGCUGAUAGCUUUUAAGUAUCCAUUGGGCGUUUUUGGAGAAACCAGCCUUAUUAGCCAAGGCGACAGAAUAGUCUGCUAUGUAAGUAUUGUUUUAUUCACAGGGUAAGCGUUCCAAGUGCCAUUAAAAAAUAUUUAAAGGAAGUUUAUUGUGAAAAAUGUAUUAUGUUCUGUUUGCAAAAGUGUAUACAGGUUUUUUUUAGCACCCACAGCCGGGCGUGGUGUGCUUCUAUGACGUGGACAGGGAAAAGUUGGUUCGCGAGACGCCUUUUCCAACCGAAGGCACCCUCUUUUGUAAUGGUUCCUUGCUAAACCUUCAAACGAGCACGUUCCUCAACGGAUUUGAUAUGACCACAAAAAGGCUCCAUGGCGCUGAAAUUGACUCUGCUGAAGCGGAGAAUUGUACGUUCAAAUGUGUCUAUCGGAAGGAGGGCGAUCACAGGUUCAUUUUGGAGAAUGUUGAUAAUGGAACGUAUACUAUCUUCGACACUGAUGGCAAGAUCCUGAAAGAGUUAUCAGAGUCCAAAUCUGUUUCGUUAAGACAGCUCUACGUUCGUUAUGGACAGAUUAUGACAAUAUCUCGUACGGAAAACGGAAAUAGCACAGGUAAAUUGUGAAAUACGGGGUUACCUUUCUUUAGAUUUGAGCCUGGUCGUGUGCGACGAACGGACCGGGGAAAGCACCCUAUCCAUCACCGACUUUGAAGGCUACAAAAUCGUCUCCGAGCGAGUAUUGUGUAAAAGAACCUCUUCUAAUACAUAUAUGGUAAGCUAUUAUGAUGCUAAACGUUUUUUAACCUAACGUAGGAAGUGCUCGAUGUGCGACGCUCAGUUUUUAAUGAAACAACACAAAUUUAGAAUAUUUUUCCUCAUAUAUUUAUAUUAAUACCGGUUUGCAAAUUUUGGAUGAAAGCUAAAAUUUUCAGAAAUUUAUAAGGGUCCAUGCCCGAAGUGUGUGCGAGAUUUUAAAGUAAAUCUUAGCGUUGCACUUGCGACCUUCCCUUGUAGAUAGGACUAACAAAAUAAAUUAGGGGCCAGAACUAUGCGUCACGUAUGUCUAUGACGAUUUCACAAGAAAAUGGUAUAAUCGGAAAGCCUUGCUUGGUGGAUACUUCGUGCGAUCGGUUUACGAUACAUCUACCUGCUACCACGAAGACAUUGUAAUUGUAAAGGAAAGUAAUGGCUUGAGACCAAGGUAUAGAUGGUAUUUCUUCGAGGUCGUGGACGGUAAGUCGGUUUUCAAAUAUAAUAACAUCGUGCCUUAUAAAGAGAUAUCUGAUAUGUUGAGUUUCAGGAUCGGUCAACGUCAAGUAUUUUUCUACAACUCCAGGGCAACCGGAAAAGUUUUAUCACAAUCUUUUCAACCAACUGCACCUCGGCGUUCUUCGAAAAGAAACUUCCUUUGUGGAUGUCUAG